AAACAAACAAACAGAUUCCAAGAUGGCGGCGGACAGUGACCCGGAGUCGGAAGUGUUCGAAAUCACGGACUUUACGACGGCGUCGGAGUGGGAGAGGUUUGUAUCAAGAAUUGAAGAAGUGCUGAACAAUUGGAAAUUGAUUGGAAGCACUGCAAGGAAUCCUUUGGAAAAGGGCGAAUUCACUUCUGGAGUGUGGGAGGAGAAAUCUGAUGAAAUUUCUUUCGCGGACUAUAAAUUCAGUAUAACACACCAUUAUCUCAAACAAGAAUAUUUGACUGAUAAAGAAAUAAAAGAAGAGUCUGAAGAAGAUGCUCUUCCUGAAGCAAUGCAGGAUAUGCUAUCCAUGAGCAAUGAUUUUCCACCCAGGGCUCACUGUCUUGUCAGAUGGUAUGGUUUACGAGAGUUUGUGAUAAUUGCUCCAGCAGCAAGUAAUGAUGCAGUCAUCAGUGAAUCAAAGUGCAACAUUCUGCUCAGCUCCAUCUCCAUUGCAUUGGGAAACACUGGUUGUCAGGUGACUCUAUUUGUGCAAAUCCAGCAAAAGUCUAGGAGAAUGUACGUGGGCGCAUGCGAAGGUCCUGGUGUGCGGACAGAUUUUGAAAUGGUUCAUCUUCGGAAAGUGCCAAACCAAUAUAAUCAUUUGUCUGGUCUACUAGAUAUUUUUAAAUCAAAGAUUGGAUGCCCCUUGACACCUUUGCCCCCAAUAAGUGUAGCUAUUCGGUUUACAUAUGUCCUUCAAGACUGGCAACAAUACUCCUGGCCUCAGCAACCUCCAGAUUUUGAUGCAUUGGUUGGAGGAGAAGUAGGUGGUCUAGAAUUUGGAAAAUUACCAUUUGGAGCAUGUGAAGACCCUAUAAGUGAAUUACAUUUAGCCACCACAUGGCCUCAUCUCACAGAAGGCAUUAUUGUUGAUAAUGAUGUAUAUUCGGACCUUGAUGCUCUGCAGGCACCCCAGUGGUCUGUUAGAGUAAGGAAGGCUGAUAACCCCCAGUGCUUGUUGGGAGAUUUUCUUACCGAGUUCUUUAAACUUUGUCGUCGAAAGGAAUCAACUGAUGAACUUCUUGGAAGGUCAGCUUUUGAAGAUGAAACCAAAGCAGAAAACACAGAUAUCAGCCAAGCAUUGCAGAAGCUCACAGAACCAACAACCGUUCACAUGCCUAGACUAUCCACUAUGUCAAGUAUGGUUCAUAGCGCUCGGAAGCGGAUGCAUAGGCAUAGACGUGUGGAAGAGUCACCAAUUAACAAUGAAGUUCUAAACUCUAUUUUAAUUUUUCUGUUCCCAGAUGCUACUGGUGAUGUGUCUAAUGCUAAGCGUAGUACCUCAAGAGGAAGCAAUAUCGCUACAUUUGAGGAAGAGAGUUAUAAUCUUUAUUGCCAAUUUAAAUCUGCUCCCUCAGACAGUCUGACAUACAAGCUGGCUUUGUGUCUCUGUAUGGUUAACUUUUAUCAUGGCGGAAUGAGAGGCGUAGCCCAUUUAUGGCAGGAGUUUGUGUUAGAAAUGCGGUACAGAUUGGAAAAUAAUUAUCUUAUCCCAGGGUUAGCUACUGGAGCUCCAGAUUUAAAAUGCUGCUUGUUACAUCAAAAACUGCAGAUGUUGAAUUGCUGCAUUGAGAGGAAAAAAGCAAGAGACGAUGGAAGGAGACAAUCAGCUGAAAAUGCACUGGGCGACUGCAUGGAAAGGAAGGUGUCAAAUAGCAAAGGAACACCAGAAUAUCCUAAUAACAAAGGAGAAACUUCUCAACAGAAAUCUUGGGACUCAUGGAGUGAUAGCGAAGAUGAGUUUUUUGAAUGUCUGAGUGACACAGAAGAAUUGCAAGACAGUGACAUGAAAGAAGGCGCAACAAAAGGAGAGGAGAAAGAUGGUGGAAAGAAAGAUAAGUGGAGACCUGAAGGACGUCUUCAUCAGCAUGGCAACUUAACUCUGCUUCGUACAGGAGAUCCACUUUAUAUUCCAGUUACGCAGGAACCAGCACCAAUGACAGAAGAUUUGUUGGAAGAACAGUCAGAAGUAUUAGCUAAACUAGGAACGUCGGCUGAAGGAGCACAUCUGCGUGCUAGAAUGCAGAGCGCCUGUUUGCUGUCUGAUAUGGAAUCUUUCAAGGCUGCAAACCCUGGCUGUUGUCUGGAAGAUUUUGUGAGAUGGUACUCUCCUCGUGACUACAUUGAGGAAGAAUUCACUGAUGAAACAGGUGACAAGGUUCUCAGAGGAGAAUUAAGUGCCAGAAUGAAAAUUCCUGGUAACAUGUGGGUGGAGGCAUGGGAAACAGCAAAGCCGAUUCCAGUUCGGCGACAAAGACGCCUCUUUGAUGACACCAGGGAAGCUGAAAAGGUUCUUCACUAUUUAGUUGGCCUAAAACCUGCAGAUUUGACUCAACAUUUACUACCAUGCAUUUUGCAUGCUGCAUUGCUGAAAGUUAAAGAAGAAGAAUCAAUGGAAGAUAUCCCCUCUGUAAGAAAAAUAAUCCAGCACAUCAUUGCUCAUGCUAGCAAACUUCUAAGAUAUUCAAACCCUGAUAUCAAAAAAUUGGAAGAGAUAAUUGGUCAGAUAAUAGCUUCAGAAGCCAUUAUUGCAAGAUCCAGAUCACUUCAAGCUAAAUUUGGAAUCAAGAAAUGUGAAAAGGAAGAGGAACGUGAAGAAUUGGAGAGGUUUGUCAGCCAACUUUUGGAACAGCCUGAAGUGCCAGUCAUUGGAGCAGGACGAGGGCCCACAGGGAGCAUUAUUUACAAACUGUUUGUGAAUGCACAGAGGGCUGCUACUCUGACUCCAAUUGAUGAUGAACUUAGAAAGCCAGGUUCUUCUGAUGAGCAUAGAUCAAGCUCAGGAACAGUCUCAGAAUUUCCUCCUCCAACUGGACGUGAAAUAAUUCUCCGGACAUCUGUACCACGUCCUGCACCAUACUCCAAAUCUUUACCACAGCGCAUGUACUGUGUUAUGUUAAAAGAUGAAUUCCGUCUAGCUGGAGCAUUUUCAUCAGAUACAUCAUUCUUUUAAAAUUGGAAUAUUUGAUCAUUAAUCCAUUAAAAUAUUAUCAUACAAAAUAAUUCCAUGUCAUUCCCGCAUAUUUUCACAUACUUGAGCAGACUUUUAAAGGAAUAUUUUUGGGCUCUAUGUUAAACAUCAGUGGCCCAAUCUAAAUUGCUAUUAAAUGUUUUUCAAGUGACCAUGUAACAAGUACAAUGCAUGCACAUGUAGAAAACUUGUAUUGAUUCUGGCAGUAGUGUAGAUAAUGGUCUGAAUUUCAAUUUCAGUACAAAUAUUUAAAAUUGCAUAGUUAUAAUUAUGACACUGUUCCAAUGUAAAAUGUGACUCCUGUAAAAUGAAACUGAUUAAUGCACUGUGAAUUUUUGAUAUGCUCAUUACUUCAGUUGCUGUAUUGGUCAAUACAAGAAUAGUAGCAUUGUUUAUUGAACUAUUAUUAAUGCUGUGGAAGGAUUUUGGAACUGUCACAUAAAAAAUAUGUCUGUAACGUACUCUAUUUCCAAGAUAUUUCUUGUUGU